AUGGCUUUAAAUAAAUAUAUGCACCAACGAAAUAUUUACAAACAGAAAAAGCCGAAUUUCAAAGAAUUGGCUGCAAAGUUCGAUUUCUUCGAUGCAGUGGCAAUAAAAGAUGAAUGUGGCCGGGUUGUUCUUGACUUUAGAAUACCAUCUCACUUGUCUGCUUUGUCCAAAGCGUUGUUAAUGAAUGACUUUGGUUUAAACGUAGACUUUCCAGGCGAUCGUUUGAUACCAACAGUUCCGCUGCGUUUGAACUAUAUCUUAUGGUUAGAGGACCUACUGAAGAAUCUUCAAAGAUUUUCCGAACCUGUAAGCAUCUUGGAUAUCGGCGUUGGUGCAUCUUGUAUUUAUCCUUUGUUAGGCUCGAAGAAAAAUUCAUGGCAAUUUUUCGGCACAGAAAGUGAUACCAGAAACUUUCGUUUGGCCAAAGAAAAUGUUGAAAAAAACGAUCUGAACAAAAGUAUCAAAUUAUUUCAUAUAACUGAGAAUACCUCAUCGUUGGAUGUUGUUUUUGGUGAUAAACAAAAUACGGCUUAUUUGGAUGCUGUAAUGGCGAAUCCUCCAUUUUUCUGUGACACAUCAGAUGCGGUUGGAUCUACUACCUGUCGAUCUCUUAAAAGGCCACCACCUAAAACUAUAUCAUCUGCUGCUAGGCACGAAAGUCAAACAGUUGGUGGUGAAGUGUACUUUUGUAUGCGUUUAAUCCGUGAUAGUAUUCGUUAUUCAACUCGAGUGGGUGUGUUCACUGUUAUGUUGGGUAAAAAAUCAAGUGUUUCUUCAGUUCGUCGAAUAUUACACAAAUUUAAGAUAACUCAGAUAUCUGUAUAUGAAAUGUGCCAAGGUCGUAUAAUGCGAUGGGGUGUUGCGUGGACAUUUCUUCCUAAUUUUCAAUUUCCUGAAUCUGAUUUCCGUCGACUUCGUAAAUUAGAACGUCCUCCAUUAACACUGCAACUGCCGGAUUCAGUAUCUUGUCUUUCUGAAAAUACAGUAGAUGCUCUUUUGGACUGGUUGAGAUAUGAAUUUAAACAAUUAGGUAUGAAAGUAUUAGAUCAAAAAAAUCGUGCUGAACUAGGUGGUCUGCAUUUAAAUAUUACAGCAACAGAAAACACGUGGACCCAUACUAGGCGUAAACGACGAGAAGUUCAACGUCUUCUAAUGUCUCAACAAUCGGAUACGAUAAACAAUGGAAAUCCAACUAAUAAUGAUUCUGUAUCCAAUGAAAAAGAUCCCAUGGAAUGCGGUUUUAACACAAAUACGGUCAGUUUUAAAAAUCCUUCAAAGCGUGUACAUGAUAGUAACCCAGAUGAAGUGAAUAAUUCAUCGGAAUCAAUCACACAAGCAACAGCAGAGACAAAACUGAAUAGUUCUGUGGUGGAAUUGGUAAAUCCACCAAAACGAACGCGAGCAACACUUCAUGAUGAAAUCUGUGAAGAAGGUGAAGACGCUUGGUUUGAUGGAGAUGAAUGUGAGAAUGCUUCAGUUAACAAAAUUAAUACGUGUUCAAAUAAUGAAUCACCAUCUACUGCUAUCGACACUUGCUCACAUGUGAUUCAAGCCAAUGUAUUUGUUGAGUAUUUAAACACAGAUUCAUUUAUUAAAGGCGUACAUGCAAAAUCACCUUUAUUUCCACAUGGAAUCAACAACAGUGACGAAGUAAUGCUUAAUGAUAGCAUUGAAUGUGGUCAGACAAUUAUAAAAGUUAAAAGUGAUAUAGACGCUAGUGAUGAUGACGAUGUGAUUCUUGCUGAAGAGGAACAUGGACCAUUGGUGAUAAAGAUCGCUUGGAUAAGUGGGACAUGUCGAGAGGCAGCUAAUCAAAUUUUAUUUUACUUAAAAAACCG